UCAACCGGAAGAUUGAAAGUCAUUGGAAGUUAAAGUCAUUACACAGUGGAAUAUCCCAAAAUGUACAGAUUUUUGACCCUAUUGUCGAGAGAUUUUGAGUUUAAUCCCCAGCGAUGCUUGGCCUGGGCUUCUAGCUAUUUUUCAACCUGCAACAAAGCAUCCAUCCAUCCAUCCAUUUUGUAUAUGUAUUUUGUAUUGUUGGUUGUGUUUCGAUCAGAGCCUCACGAGUGAUCUUCUGAGAAUAUGAGUGAAUUAUUUACUAUUGCCAUCAUCUUCUUUAUGAGCCUAUGCAUGUGAUGUCAAUCGAACAUGGCUCGAAAACUCCUGCAUAAUCCAUAAAUUAUUGAUUCAGCCUUUGCAGGGCAACUUGCAGCAUAUUUUAUCUUACCAUAUUUUAAUGUGCUCUCUUUUUUUCUCCAGACAAACAGCUUCUUUCAACUUUAACAAAAAAUCUUAAUGCUGCUUAAAAACCCAAAUCAGUGUUUACAGUGAAUAUAGAAAUCACACGAAAACCACCCCACCUGAGCCCCAUGCUAUGCAAUGAAAAAAAGGUUUUCCCAAUAUUUUUUCAGCCCCAGUGGGCUACAGAACUCUAUCAGAGUUUAUCUGCACAGAAAAUUACCAGUACAAGUUGGGUUGUUUUAGUAAUCUUUUAAAUUUAAGCUGUCAGUGCAUAUACUGCAGAAGUACAGUUACUUUAGAUGUAUGAAAAAAAUCACAUGAGAAGCAGACCAUUCUCAGGACAGCAGUGACACUGACAUAGUUGUGUUAUGUUCUUGGGAGCUGUACUGGUAAAGGUACAGUGGAGUGCCUGGGGUUUUACUAUAUAUGUUCCUACUGUAUUUCAUAUCAUCGCUGCAUGUCAGAAUAACACAAUGUAUCUCAACCUUUGGCUUUUUUUCUACAUAAUGUGAAAAAACAGCUGCCUUUAACAUUCUCUCAAAAAUUCAUCAACAGAACAUGAAUAGAAAGUGUCCCAAAAACACUUUUUACAUCAACGUGCAUCAAAAGUUAAGAUUUUGUUUUGCUUCUCUUGUAAAGUUGCAAUUUUACAUAUACACUGAAAUACAAAUUAAAAUCAGUAAUUAAUACACCUACACAUACAAUUUUUAGUAUUCAAUUUACUUGAAAAUGUCAGUUGUCUCAGUGCAUUCCAACCCGGUCUCACUCCCUAUGCGUAUGAAAUCGUACGCAAAACUAAACACUGGGAUGCGUACUCAUGCGUACGCAGAGAGCUGCGUACAAAUGUUACGCCGCUAUCAAAUACAUGUAAAUACCCUAGGCUAUAUUUAGGUGUCCAAACUGAUCGUAGUAUCUACUCUGUACAGUAUAUUAACGCAAACGCUAAAAAAAGAUGAGACAUUUGACGUUUUACGAGUUGAGAGAGAGAGAGACAUAGAGAGAGAUGCACUUACUGAGCGAAUGCCCAGAAUACAGUGGGAUUCGGUCAGAAUUCUUCACUAAAAAGACCAACAUAAUCGCUUUAUUAAAACCCUUCCUGAGCAAUGAUGUCUGAGGUAAAUAUAAGCGUGCUAUACACUGGAGCACAGUAUGUUCAGGCCUGCCACAGAGUAAGGGACGGAGAUACACACCAAUGAGCACACACGUUAUUAUUAAUUAAUAAUAAUAAUGGUAUUAAUAUUAGUAAUUAAUAUAUUAUUAAUAAUUCUGUUAUUAAUUAAUAAACUAUGAGAGUUUAAUAGUUUCAUAGUUUAGGGUUUGUUCGGUUUGUUUUUGGCUACUUUUUUCUGAUGUGUGGAGACAAACGUAAUUUUCACCUAAACGUAUUCCUUCUUUUAUUCUCUGUUUCUGGUUCUUCUCAGGUUCUGAUAUGCCUAAAUGAACUGAUUAGUAUCCAAGCUCAAAUAAUGAUGGAUUUUACAUCUUCAGAAGUGAUGUGCGAGGUUGCCAAUUUAACAAAGGAAUUUACUUUUAGUCAUUCUUGUUCGUUUUAGUUAACCUCACUUGUAACAGGAAUUCAUUCAUAAUAGACCACGUAUGGAAACAUCCCAAUAUAUGUAUGUAUUUAGUUAACAAGAAUGUGCUCAGACAAAGACUCUUACUGUGAAGUUCUGGUUGCAUUGGUAAGGUUGCUAUCCAAUUUGAGCGCGAUUGCGACCAUCGAUAUCAAGGUUUUGAAGCAAAGAUCGUUUAAGGGAGGGUCUAAGUUAGGGCACUACAUUUCAUACAGCCUCAUUUAUGAAAGCUAAUGCAUUGAAGUGAAAGUGAGCGCCCCCCAUCUUUCGGACUGUGUGCACUUCCGCCCGAUCCUCUGGACACGGAACCACAGCUCGCUUUUCCCUCCACACGACCUUUCAGAUCCCUCCUCACAUCCAUCUAUCUCUCUAUCCUUUAUAGCGACCCAACGGCACUUUUAAGAGCCACUCGUCUGUCUGUCUAUCCAUACAUCCGUUUAUAAUCUGAUUAUAGAUAAUCAAUUUGUCUAUCUACCUAUCUGUUUGUCUAUCUAUAUAUCUAUCUGUCUAUCUCUCUAUCUACUUACCUACCUACCUCUCUGUCGUUCUACCUUUUUGGCUUUCUUUCUGGCUGUUCAUCUGUCUGUCUGACUGACUGGAUACCAUGCCAGGUUCAACCCAAAAGACCUGCCAGUCAUGCAAGGCACAAAUAAAUGUUGGCUGUAAACACUGCAAGCUGUGUGGGGCUUCUCAGCCCCAGAAAGUGAAAUAGCAGCAGGCCAAAGACAAAACAUCAAAGGAAUGGGCCCAAAAAAUGUUGAAUGGAAGAAACACCUCAAAGCUGAUAAAUUCCACCAAUCUUCUACUCCACAAGUUUCACAUGUUGGGUUAUUACCCCCUUCUUCUUCUUGGGAGGAGGAAGACGAGGCAGGCCACAAAUUUUAGGUCAGAUGUUUUUUAUCCUCAGCAGUUUUCUUCAGAAAUGGAGAGGACAUCAAUUUCUACAAUUCGUUUGCUGUAUGAAGGUCUUCUAAAAGUGGCUCUUAAUCCAGAAGCCAACCCCAACUCUUCAAAUGCUCCUGAGACCAACACCAGCUCUGCCCAUACUCCUGAGACCAACACCAGCUUUUCACAUGCUCCUGAGACCAACUUCAGCUGUUCAGAUGGUCCUACAGAGAACCCCAGCUCUUCAGUUGCUCCCCUUCAUACUGAACCUACAUACACCUUAAUUCUUACUCCUGUUACAUCUGAAAAGGAAAAUUCCACAGUGGUUCUUAAUCUGGAAGUCAACCCCAGCUCUUCAGAUGAUCCUGAGACCAGCCCCAUCUGUUCAGAUGCUCCUGAGACCAGCCCCUUCUCUUCAGAUGGUCCUGAGGCUAGCCCCAGCUUUUCAGCUACUCCUGAGCCCCGCAGCAGCUCUUUAGAUGAACUCAAACCAAUUCUCUCCCCUGUUACAUCUGGAAAUGAGAAUUCCACAGACAAGUACCCCUGCAAGAAAAGAACACAAGAAGUAACACCAAAUGUGUCCAGCUCGACAUUUAAUCGUACUUUUCCCUGCAAGAAAAGAAGAAUAAAGAUCAACCCAAGUGAAUGCCCUGUCCACACUAUGGCUGACACCUACCCAGUCCAAAAAAUUUUAUCACAGAGGGUAUCAAAAGAGGGCACAAAAGAGGUCAAAGUCCGUUGGCAGCAGUGUUCUGGGUGUGGCAUCAAGUGGAAAGACACAUGGGAGCCUUUCAACGAGAUAUUCCCGUAGUAAUGAUUUGAAAUAAUACUCUAAAUUAUUCAUUUUGGAAUUUUGAUGUUUAGCAUAACUAUUUCUAGGUGAUGUGUUAUUUAUUCAUCAUUACCCUUGUCAUUCAUAAGGUUAUUAUUGUUCAAUAAAGAUAUUGUGCAACAUCUUA